AUGGGUGUCGAAUCGAAAAAAUCAAGAGCUCCCCCUCUACCUGCGCCAACGGAAACAAGCACUGCGGACAGUGACGCCGAAAACGAGAACGAAGAAACGGAGCUAGGUUCGAGAUUGACGGAGAAGAGUACAUACACUAUACCUGACGACGGUGCUCCAGUCACUAUAGCGACUCGAAAGAAGAAGAAGCACGAUAAGGAAACUUUUAGUAGUCUAUCAAACAAUAAGUCACAAACCUCAUUGUUGAUCGAGUAUUUUGAAGGUGGAAAAGAAGAUAGAAGUCGGAGGCCAUCGGUUCGUGUCAAAGUUACACCAUCAUCGAAGCACCGAAGCAAGUCAGCUCAUGACCAUAUUCAGAUUACGGAAUCCAGAAAAGGUUCUCGAAGGCCAUCCUAUACCAAGCGCAUCUCACUAUCGAAUGUCAGCAAGGAGAAUAGACCAUUUGCACCAGAAGACGAGGCCAGCAUGAGCUCCUUCCGAUCCACAACUGAAGAAUCCAACCUCACCUCGAGGAGUGGUGGACGACCCGUCGACGUCGAGAUAAUGAGACAUGGCAGUCCACUGAUACCCACCGAGUUAGGAUCGAAAAGUGCUUUGUACAAUGCCUCCGAGAUAUCAUCUAUGCCCGCCGACAGUUUCCUCGAUGGACAUACAAAAUCUCCAGAACGAAGACGGAGCCGAAGUUUGACAAGAGGUGAACCUUUGGUCGCUGCAGCGGCUACCGGCCUGGCUGCUGGUGCUGCCUCGGAGAAAUUAAGAACACCUUCGCGCCGCCGAAGUCGAAGUCUGAGCAGAGAACGAAUAGUGGCACAAAAGGCGAUGGAAAAGGUCCGAGGUGAUCGGUCAGAACAUCGACGAAAACAACGUAGAAGCCGUAGUCGAAGUGUCAGUGGUGAUAAGCUUACAGAAUCAAUCAAGUCGCCACGAAGAAGAUCAAGUCGAAGCCAAGCUGAAGAAUCUUUAAUGUCCGGAGCCGAUUCAGGUCUUCUAGAUUCACAAGUCAGUCGCAAUUCCGACAAAUAUUCGGCCAGAUCUGGAGCCUCCAAGAAUUCUUCCAUCAACAAUCCUAAGCUACUGGAGACUGUCGAGGAUGCCAUCCGUCGUCUGAUCUUACCCGAAUUAUCAGCAUUGAAGAGAGAAUCAAGUAAGCGUACGGAACGUCGAAGCUCUGUCGGAAGUGGUAUCUCGAGCAUUUCGGGGGGACCCAAGGUUACUCUUAACGAUGGAGAGGUUAUAUCGGGAAAUUCCACAAAGGGUCGAAGAGACAAAAAUGUUGCCCGUGUGAGGGACUCGGAUUCCCCAAGAAGUUUUGAGCAAGGCGAAUCGGAAGAAACUGUCACACAAGAUGAAAAGGUGAAAAAGAAGAAAAGUCGAGGUCUCGAAACGGCUGCCUUGGGCGCAGGAGUUGGUGCUUUGACAGCAGCUGCUCUACAGAAACAUCAAUCACAGGAAUCCGUGAUAGACGAAAAGAAAGAGCGACGACGCAGAAGGAAGAAUCACAGCCGUGGCAAUAGCUUAGGAGGCGAGCUCUCACCUACUGAAGAAAGAGAUCGUCUUGAUUUAGCGCCCCCUAUGCCACUUAUGAGCGCGAUCAAUCCUUCAGACAUCACCAGAACCUCGAUCUUGUCAGCUGAAUCCGAGAGACCUCAUUCCGCUAGCUCACAACGUGUAACUCCCAUUCAAGAGGUAGUUGCUCGGAAAGAGGUUACAUCUCCAGCCUCCCGAACGCCAACUCGAACACCGAUCAAUCUACAACAAGGCUUAGGUACUCAGCAUUCCAAUUUCUCACGAGGAAACCUUAGUCUUCAUAGUCAAAAUAGUGAACAGCAACUACGUGAUCAAGAAUACGACUUGGAUGAGACUGGAAGAAAAGUACCGAUGCGAGAAUUUUAUGAUCCUGAUCUCGAUGAUUCAAUGGUAUCAGAAGAACAUAAUGGGGGCCACUCGAAUGCAGUCAAUGCAGUCAAUGCUGGUUUGGCGGGUGCCGUCACCGGUGCCGGUUUGGCGGCACUUGACCAUCAUAAUCAAGAAGAUAUUCCUGAUGAUGAAGACUCAGAGAUACUUGAAGCCGAGCCACAACACCCCUACUACCAGAACACCCAAGAAGUGCCACCUCCACUCAGAUACGUUCCUUACGGUCACGAAAGACGUGGUUUGAGUCCAAUCCAAAGCGUCUCGGGAUAUACCGAGAACGAAGACGGCCCACCCCAUAAUCAACGAGACUCUAGAUUGACACAGAGCACGGGAUCAUACUCUUCGUUGGCGAAGACAGCUCAACAUAAUCAGUCCAUGAAGUCACUUGAUUCCAUCAAUAAUCCUCAGAAUCGUCAUGACUUUUCGGAAGUUCGAACAGGUGGACUAUCUGACUCGGAGCUUACUCAAGAUGGGGAUGGUCAGUAUUGGGACGAGCAACACCUAGAGAACGAUCGAAAUCGAGAUUUUGAUUCCGAAUUGAGUCUUGAAAAUAAACGAUUGACGAACUAUACCAAUGAUAGCUUCGAUGCCCGAGAUAUUUCAGCUGGUCAGAAUAUUAAAGGUGUUGGUGGAAAGCCAGACUUUGUCAACACACCUCUAGGAGUCGAAUCACAUGUCGCGUCGUUGGUUAAUGCCUCUGAACUCACUGGUACUAAUUCAUACCCUGGAAGCAACAGCCAUGUCAACCGUAAAGCUUCUUACGAAUCGUUUGACGAUGAGUCCGAGAGAAACUUCACAAGCCGCGGCAAUAGCCCGGUGAAGUCACAGAGCCCUACAAAAUAUGACGAGGAGUACGAUCUUGAUGAGAAUGGAAGAAAGGUUGAGAUGCCAAAGUCACAUACCAACGAGAAACUUGGAACCAGUGCUCUGGGAGCUGCUGCUGCUGCACUAUUGGCAAAGGCACGUGAAAGGAUGAUGAACAAUAACAACAAUAAUGAUGCAGACAAUCUCAAGUACGAGGAACGCAAAGAAGAUACCGGAGCACCAUUACAGAAGUCUUUCAAAGAUCGUACAAUGGAUGGUCAACGACUUUCUUCUCCUCGACACAGCAUCGAUAAUCUUAGUGAAAUUAGCCAAAUGACUGACCACCCUAAGAUGACGGCAAGUGGUCUUCCAGACAUGCAUGAUCCAAUGCCCGAGAUUGGUUAUGGAGACGAUGCCUCGGAAGUUACAACGAACCCAUCUAUCAUCCAAGGACCGAUUGGUGGUACACAACAAGGAAGUCGUGAUCACUGGCCAAAUCAAGCUACUCCACCACAAACGAAGCGCACGCAAAGCUCCGAGUCUGCUUCUGCUCUUCAUGAAGCUGAAGCUACAUUGAUCGGUGCUGCUACUGGUGCAGGCGCUGGCGCUGCUCUGGUUGGACAUAAUAGAGAAGUUAGUGGCGAUCAUGAUGAAGAGUGGGGAAGGACUUCCGGAGAGCGAAAGCGUGAUACUCUCAUCACAAAUCCAUAUGAAGAUACCAGCCCAAUUGCUACUCUUGGCAAUGGUACUGGCCUCGAUCGAGAACUCUUGAAUCAAGCUGGAUUCCAAAACGCUAAUCGUGCAUACAAUGAUAAGCUGUAUGCUGGCAGUCCAAGCGGCUUACCCAAAGAUGAGGGUUACAUCUCAUCAGCUCCUAACGCUCGCUCUGCUGGUGCUCAAACUCCAGAGCAGCAUUUCAACAAAGGAAAGGGUGUCGAUUUCAUGGAUAAAGAAUUGGGAAGUGCAGCUGACGCAUUGAAUGGCGACCAAUUCUAUCCUUCCAAUCACUCUCGACACCUUAGUGGCAUGUCACAAGGGAUGGGAUCACCGUUAUAUGACAGUUCUACAGGCAAUGGUAUUGACCGUAUUCAAUCGAAGGAUAUUGUUGCUUUAAUGGAUCAUCUCACCGUUCGUGAUGCUCAACGUAGCGCUCGUGACACCGAAAUUCUCGUCACCCUUGUUCGAGCCGCUGCCGAAAUGAGAAACUCUUUCGAGGAUAUGAAGAGAUUACUUGCCGACACCGAAGAUGUCAUCAUCACCGAAGUACAAGGUAAUACCGAGAAGUCGGUUCAAAAAGUCAUCAAUGGACCACGACCUCUGCCACAAAGCGCACCUCGUUCAGUCAGAUCAGCCGAGAUGUAUGAAGAUCUUCCUACCAAGCGAAGAAAUGUUUUCCGAAGAGCAUUGAAAGGUUUAAGCAAGAGGAGUACAAAUGAUCUUGGAAAGAUUGAGGAUAUGCUUGUUCAAUUACUUGGUGAUGUUGAGGGUCUUAAGGUUGCUCAAGGUCUUCAGAAUGGCACCUUGGACUUUGACGAUUUCCCCGAAGGAAAUUCCGAACAAGAUCGUGGUUACGUACCGGAGGGUAAUGCGGGUACUUCCACUGCAAGUCAUGGAAGUCAAUCUGGUCCUCUGUCUAUUUCUCUUUCUCAAUCUCGCAACACAAACCGUGGGUUUGAUGGACGCAAAUUUUCAGAUCAUCGAAUUAGUACGGUACCCGAAGACGAUGAGGAUGAACUUAGUCCACACGAGGAGGAAGUUCUUAAUAAUCAAUUUGAGAAUGAUGCGGACCUUCUUACUCCAACUCGUGAGACUUUCCUUGAGCGUGGAGAGUCUCUACCAUUGGAUACACCUCCUCAACAACAACAACAACAACAACAUAAAGCCUCUGGCUCUCUAAGCAAUGAGAAUACUCCUCGAACUGAGACGGAAAAGACCAAGAAGCACAAGUCAAGUAGCUCUUCUGGUUGGAUUCCUAAAGUAUCUCGCUGGUCCGAGACUACUGCAUCAACAGUGUUCAAGGGCUUCCGCAGCAGUGGUCGUAAGAGUGGCAGCAAAGAACCUGAGCAAUACAACUCACCUCCAAGAUCGGAUUCUGGAUUUGGUACAUAUCAAACCGAACAAGAACAAACCGAUCAAGAUCGCGAUCUUGAACUCGAUACUGAUAAAUUUGCUGAACAUACACGUGUGGAAUCACCCGCUACCCCCAAAUCCGUUAGGUCACUCGUUAGAUCUGAUGAUAAAUUACAUUCUGGUUUUUCUUCAGAACAACUUCAUCAACAAUUCUUGAAUGAAGAAAUUCCUUUGAGUCUUUUACCAGGUGUCGAAGAUCCAAAGUACAAGGCUCAUCGAAAUUCCUUGAACCUUCAACACCCACAACCACGCCAAGGUCCCACACACCGCUAUCAAACUCAUCUCGAAUCACAAGCUCAAACCUUUGAUCAACCUCAACCGAUGUCCCCUUCAUCUAUCAACUGGGGUUCAUCAACUAGCAUCAACCGUUUACCGCCAAAUGCCAACCAUCGUUAUAGUCAAGCAACAACCAACACCGACGGAAGACUCUCGCCAAUUUCCGAUGGUGGAUAUUCAGAUCGUUCGGCUUCUGGUCAAGCUCCUGCUAAACCUCCCAAGGAACCAAUUGUUCCUGAGAGACCACUCAAUAUUCGUAGUAAACUUACAAAGCCAAGUCCAUUGAGUAAUGAACACCUACAAGAGGAAAAUGGAGAUGCUAGUCCACAAUCUGCUUCGAGGAGAUUGAGUGGUGCAUUGGGCGUUCCAACUAGAAAACCUACUGGACCCAGAAGUAUGAGUGUGGCUAGUAAGAGUGGAGAAUUGAACAGGGAUGAGACGGUCAUUAGGAGGAAUGUUAAGAGAAACACAUUUGGUAGUAUUGCUAGCAAUCAUAGUGGCGAGUCGGAAACUUUUUAA